AGUACUGAACCCCGGUGUAGACGUGUAGUCACCUCAUCUCUCUCUCAACUCUCCAACAGCAUCUUCUUGCCUUUGCAGCCGUUACUCUUCUCACACCAUCACUACACUCUUCACUCCCCCCUCCAAACCUUCUCCAGCAGCUUAGCUUCCCUUCCUUGGUUGGACGGCUGGUUGGUCAAUGGCGUCCGAGCAAGCAUCAGGGCUGGACCAAGACAUCGCCAGUCUGCUUUCCAGCCUCGAGUGUGACAUGACCGUGCAGGCAGGUGUCCUCAAGCAGUACGCAAAAAUGCAUGAUGCCGUGAAAGCUUUAGUGCAGGAGAAGGCGAAGACCACCCAUGAGAAUCAAGAGAUUGAAAGGCUGCAGGAGGAGCUAUCCAACAAGAACAAGGAGUUGAGCUGCGAGAAGGAAAAUCUGCGGGGCAUGAAUCAGUUACUCUCUCGCGAGAAUCACCAGCUGAGUGUGAAGAAUGAGAAGCUCUCUCAUGAGAACAAGGAGCUGACUCUGAAGUUGAAGGAAAAGCUCGUUCACUCUGGUCAUGCACAAGGGGUUAGUGGUGAAAUGAAAUCCAUGUGCACUUGGAAGAUACUAUUUGUUAUGAGGGUUUUUUUUUCACCUUUGCUUAAUUGGAAAGCACAAGGGCGUAUCGAAGGUAACAAUGAGCCAAAAGAAGAGUUGUUUGAUCCAGUCCUGUCAAACCGUAUCAUUGCUGAGGAUUGCGAGAGGAGGAGAGAGCUCUCUGAAAUCCGGAAAAAGCUGGUAGAAUUUGAAUGUGCUAAGGUUUUUGGCAACAUCGACCAUCAUAGACAGCAUAUCAGGAUAAAAAUGAUGGGCCAGAUAAAUGACCAAGCUUUCCUCGACGCUGCCCAUAGUAAGCACCCUAACUGCAUCAUUGCUAGAGAUGAGGCAGUUAAGAACUGCUCAGUAUGGCAGAAGAAGAUUGAAGAUCCAUUUUGGCAUCCAUACAAGAUGAUUACAGAAGAUGGACCCAGUGAGGAGGUUCUGAACGACGAGGAUGAAACGCUGAAGAAACUGAAAGCAUGUGGUGAAGAGAUAUAUGAAGCUGUGACAGAAGCACUGAACGAGAUGGAUGACUACAACCGAAGUGGGAGAAGUGUCGUUCCUGAGCUUUGGAACUACAAAGAGGGAAGGAAAGCAACUGUCUUGGAGUGUGUCGAGUAUCUGGGCAAGAAAGUGAAGGAGCAGAGCCGCAAGAAGCGAAAGAACAACCCAUCUUCGGUUUAGCUGGCAGUGCUGGUGUUUGUGCCGGAGAAGAGCAAUAGUUGGAGUUGUACGUCGUUCUGUUAGCUGUAAUGGGAUGCGCUAGUUAUGGAUACUAUUCUGUAUUAUGAAGAUUUAAGUGUGCCAGGAUAUUGUGGCUGAAUUGGCUUGUUACAUAGGACCUCCAAUCAUGCCCCAAGAAGACACGAUUCUGUCUGGCUAUAAUGCAGAAGACUCCCUAUGACCCUAUGGUCUGAUUAGACUUAUGCUUUAUGUUGUGUGCACUUCA